AUGUCUUCAUUACGAACAGUCAAGCUUGGCCGGCAAACUCAUGCAAUUGGUAUAGGAUUGCUACGACAUUAUACGAGUACUCGAAGUGCAUUACGGAUUAAUAAAGAUACGAAAGUGAUAAUUCAAGGGUUUACUGGGAAACAAGCAACUUUUCAUGGCCAGCAAAUGAUCAAUUAUAAUACUAAUGUUGUUGGAGGUGUUUCUCCAAACAAAGCCGGUACAAUGCAUCUUGAAAGACCUGUUUUUGGUACUGUUAAAGAAGCUCGUGAAGCAACAGGUGCGGAUGCAUCAGUUAUUUAUGUACCGGCACGCUUUGCAGCUAAAGCGAUCGACGAAGCAAUAGAUGCGGAAAUUCCACUGGUUGUUUGUGUUACGGAAGGUGUUCCACAACAAGAUAUGGUUAAAGUUCGAAAUAGACUAAUGAAACAGAACAAGACUCGUCUGCUUGGUCCAAACUGUCCAGGGAUAAUUUGUCCGGAAGAAUGCAAAAUAGGUAUUAUGCCGGGACAUAUACAUCGAAAAGGAACUAUUGGCGUUGUUUCACGAUCUGGAACUCUUACAUAUGAGGCAGUUCACCAGACGACGGUUUGUGGUCUUGGACAAACAUUAUGUGUUGGCAUUGGUGGUGAUCCAUUCAAUGGCACAAAUUUCAUUGAUUGUCUUGAUAUUUUCUUGAGAGAUCCUCAAACUAAGGGUAUUAUUUUAAUUGGCGAGAUUGGUGGACAAGAUGAAGAAAAAGCUGCAGAGUUUUUAAAGGAAAAUAAUUCGGGAUCAAAUGCUAAGCCAGUAGUAUCAUUCAUUGCCGGGCAGACUGCACCGCCAGGUCGGCGAAUGGGACAUGCCGGUGCGAUUAUUGCGGGUGGUAAAGGAACUGCCGCUGAUAAAAUUGAAGCUUUGAAAAGUGUUGGUGUCCUCGUCUCGGCAUCACCAGCGCAGAUGGGUGCAAUGAUGGCAAAAGCUCUGAUGAAGAAAAUCUAA